AUGCACAAUCCGAACGUCAACCACGCUUAUCUCCUCAAAAGACUCCUCCGUUACAUCAAAUGGACACUCGCGUUCGGCCUUCCGAUUACAAAGUCAACACUGCAACUUCGUACCUUCUCCGAUGCAGAUUGGGCUGGUGACCCAAUUACCCGGAAAUCAACUUCAGGCUACUGCACAUUCCUAGGCCACAAUUUGAUUUCCUGGACGGUGAAGAAACAAAAGAUAGUGUCCAGAUCUUCUACCGAAUCGGAGUAUAGGGCACUCGCUGCAGCUACGGCAGACAUCCUAUGGCUACAACGCCUCAUAGCUGACUUCCGCAUAACAUCCGCCGAACCAACAAACUUGUAUUGCGACAAUACAUCAGUUAUUGCGCUAGCUCACAACCCCGUCUUCCAAGCUCAAACGAAGCACAUUGAAAUUGAUCACCGCUUCCUUCGAGACAAUAUACAAAACAACAGUAUUUGA